AUGAGCUCUGAAAUGGACACUUUCUCCGCCCGCCUGGCCAGUUUCGACACGGUACUGAAGCCCGAAAGACGGCGAUCAUCAACUACGAAGAGUUCCCAGCCGAUCGCAUGGCCCCAUCAGAAGCCGUCGCCAGCAGAGUUAGCGCAUGCAGGCUUUUACUACAAACCCUAUGAGACGAACCCAGAUAACACAACAUGCUUCGAAUGCGGCCGCGCCUUGGACGGCUGGGAAGAGGACGACAAUCCAGUUACGGAGCACCUGAAACACUCUCCUGACUGUGGCUGGGCCAUUAUCAUGGAUAUCCAACAAAAUAGCUCAAAUCCCGCCACAAUCGAAGACCCGACGAGCGAACGGAUCACACAAGCGCGUUUAGCAACAUUCGGUUCAGCAUGGCCGCACGAUGGGAAACGCGGGUGGGUCUGCCAAUCAGACAAGAUGGUUGCGAGUGGAUGGUAUUUCUGUCCAACAGACGAGAGUGAUGAUCUAGCUAGUUGCCCAUAUUGCAAACUGUCGUUAGAUGGCUGGGAACCCCAGGAUGACCCAUUUGAUGAACACUACCGCCGAUCCUCUGAUUGUUCCUUCUUCGUAUUCGCUCAACCACCGGGCAAAAAAGGCAAGGGAUCUCGAUCAAAGAAAGCACGAACUUCCAAGGCAUCUUCUUCCCGACUUUCCACCCAAUCGGUUGCAAAUGUUGCGUCUGAAGCGCCAGACCUAGACAUGGACGACUCGAUGGAUCAAAGCAUCAUGUCUCAGUCCACUGUCAAGAAUAAAUCAACAAAGAAAGGCUCUAAGGGCAAGGGCAAGGGUGCUAAGGCUAAGAAAGAUGAUACUGACGCCGAGGGCCAAAUGGAAGUCGACGCCAUCCCACUCGAACAAGAAGAUCCACCUAAGCCUAAACGAACUGGAAGAGGGAAGAAAAGAGUCAGUGAUGAAAUGGCUGAUGAUGAGCGGGUCUCAGCUGCACCUGACGAGCCCGCAGAACUGCCGACUGAACCACCAAGCAAGCGGCGCCAUACCAAGACGCGGGAAAGUUCUAUCUCCCAACCUCCGCAGACCGAGUCCAAAGACUACGAGAUGCAAGACAUCUUCCCAGAAGAUGCAGUGGCGCAGGAAGAGGAACCACCCAAGAAGGGCCGCAAAGGGACCAAAAAAGGUGCUUCCAAGACGCGUAAGGAUUCCGAUGUUUCAAUCACUUCCAAUGCCGCGAUUAAGACGAAAGCGGAAGCGAAAGUCCCACAAGACUCGGAACUGGACGCAGCUUUAGAAGCUGGUCUCGAAGCAGACGAACCGGAUGCAAUGGAAAUUGAGCCCCAUCCCGAACCCGAGCCGGAGGAAGAACCUGCUCCUGCUCCAGCUCCCAAGAAGUCAAAGAGCUCUAAGAAAGCCAAAGCUGCGGUCAAGUCUGCCGAGCCGGUAGCUGUGGACGCAGAAGAUCCUGCAGAGCAUUUACAAAACGGUGCAGAAGACAAGACGGAACCCGAUGCUGCCGAAUUAGACAUUAUUGAAGAGCCUCCCAAGACUAAGUCAACGAAGAGCUCCAAGAAAAAGGGCACCAAGAAGAGCAAGAAGGAUGAUGCAAAAGCGAAGAGGUCUACGACUGAGGAGUUAUCUGCAAGUCAGGGCGGGUCCCACGACAUGGACGAGCAUGAAGCCCACGAAUCGUUCGUGUCCGUGGAGAUCGACAAUCGAAAGCAAGAGGCUGAGGCCGUGCCGGAUAUUGUUCCACAGAGAUACACAGCGCCGAAGGAUGAUGCUGAAUUUGAAUCUCUUGAGAAGUCCACGACAAAGAAAGCCUCUCGGAAAGACGAAAAACACAAGAAAUCUAAGAAGCCUAAGAAGCAAGGCUCUCCACGUCGUGAGCCUGAGCCUGAGCCCGAGCCCGAGCCCACGCCCCAGCCCGAGGAGGAUCCAACGGAAAUGCAGCCGGAUUUUAUGUCCCCGUCAGUGGAUGAUGGGUUUGAGACCCCCGAUGAAUUAGCAGACGAAGUCGAUGUCGUGCGGCCAGAGCCAUCAAGCGCGAAACAAAAGACCCCCGUACCACCCAAGACGGCCAAACGAUAUAGUGACAUUCCACAAGAGGAGCACUACGCCGAUUUUGUCCGAGAAUUACAGGAACCAACCGAUGUUCGGAGCUCACAGAAGAAGUCAUCUGUCAAGCCCAGCCCGGCAGCCCCGCGGCAUUCAAUCGUUCGCCAGAACACUCCAUCUAUGUCUCCUCAGUCCUCUGACGCAGAAAACAAACCGCCUUCUUCCCGACUCUCUGCCUCGCGCCAGGCGUUGCCACCGGUCUCCAUCGAGCCCGGAGAGCGCACUCCCUUAGCGGCCAAGACUCCAUCUCCGUCGAAACGUAACUUCAACGGUGGAUUCGCCGCUUCUGGUCAGCCCUGGACUCCUGUAGACAUCGAAGAAGCGUUAUUCGGAGAAGCCAGCGACAAAGAGAAUGCUGACAUCUCUGGUCUUUUCAACGGCCUGAAGGGUAGUCUGACCAGUCCUGAGAGGAAGAUGACCGUGGAAGAAUGGAUCCACUGGAAUGCAAAGAACGGCGAAGAGAGGUUAAAACGCGAGUGUGAACGACUUGUUGGUCAGUUUGAGAAAGAGGGUGGUCGGGCCAUGCAGCGCCUUCAGGCCAUUGAAUGUACUGAUUUAUAG